UUUAGCUAUUCCUCAUCAGUUUCUGAAAAUUGUAAACAUGAAGGCCUUCAUCGUUCUGCUUGCUCUGGCUUUUGCCGCUCCCGCUUUCGGUCGCACCAUGGACCGUUGCUCCUUGGCCCGCGAGAUGUCCAACUUGGGCGUUCCCCGUGACCAGCUGAACAAGUGGACCUGCAUUGCCGAGCACGAGAGCUCCUACCGCACCGGCGUUGUUGGCCCCGAGAACUACAACGGCUCCAACGACUACGGUAUCUUCCAGAUCAACAACUACUACUGGUGCCAGCCUGCCAACGGUCGCUUCUCCUACAACGAGUGCGCCCUCUCCUGCAACGCCCUGUUGACCGAUGACAUCACCAACUCCGUCCGUUGCGCCCAGAAGAUCCAGCGCCAGCAGGGCUGGUCCGCAUGGUCCACCUGGAAGUACUGCAAUGGUGCUCUGCCCUCCAUCAACGAUUGCUUCUAAACUAAUCCCUGAUUCGAUUCUUGUUUUUUUACCAAAAUAAAAUUAAAUGUUAAAUUAAAAUUGUAAA